GGAUAGAGAAUGACAGAGAGACAGGAGGAAGUGACAGAAGAGUCAAACUGUGGAAGAGAGAGUGACAAAGACCAAGGGCGUAGUCUGUUAAGUUGAUUCUUGACGACCACAAACCAGCAUGGCAGUGUGGGAUCUGUCCAUCACCGUAGAGGAACUGGGACCAGAAGCUCCACCUCUUAAAGUCAGCGUCACAUCUGACCUCCAUAUUGGAGGUGUCAUCCUUAAAAUCGUUGAAAAAACACAGAUUAAGAAGGACUGGUCAGACCAUGCGCUUUGGUGGGAGCAGAAGCAGCAGUGGUUGCUGAGGCCGUCGUGGACACUGGAUAAGUAUGGGAUCCACGCUGAUGCUCGUCUCUGCCUCACACCCCAGCACAAACCCCUGAGGUUGGGCUUGCCCAAUGGACUCACCCUCAGGCUCCUCGUCUGCUUCUCUGGCCCCAUGUUCCGCAGCGUGAUGGGCAUCUGCAGGCUGCUCAAUAUUCGUCAUCCAGAGGAGCUGUCACUCCUCAGGCCGGAGGAAGAGAAGAAGAAAAAGAAGAAGAAGGAUGAGGAAGAGCAGGUGUAUGACAUCACUUGUGCACCACUGUCUUCAGGCUCUAUUUUAAAGCUGGCCAAUGGCAUGCCUGCGUUCUUUGCUGGAUCUCCUGAGAUGGAGGCAGUGUAUAAGAUGAUUUCAGUGAGUCAGCCAGCUCCAGCCCCUGAGACCAUCGCAAAAAUGUACAGAUCAACCAGCAGGGUGGACAAAGCGCAGGUUAACGGCAGGUGGCUCGAUUCAUCUCGUGCUCUCCUCCAGCAGGGUGUCAAAGAAGAAGAAAAACUCUUGUUGCGCUUCAAAUAUUACAAUUUUUAUGACCUAACACCACAGUUGGAUGCUGUGCGUUUGACUCAGCUGUAUGAACAGGCCAGAUGGGCCAUUUUGCUGGAGGAGAUCGACUGCACAGAGGAGGAGAUGAUGCUUUUUGCUGGCUUACAGUACCACAUCGGGAAAGCUUCCCUGACCGAGCAGCUGGUUGAGACUUGUCCUGCCAUGGAUGACCUGGACUCAGCUCUGCAGUGCCUGGAGGUCAAGAUGGAGACAGAGAGCAGUGCAGAUGAGAUGCUGGAUACUAUGACAGCGCCGGAGCUGCAUGACUAUCUAAAGAUUUUCAGACCAAAGAAGCAGACGUUGAAGAAGUACAAACAGUUCUGGUUCACCUUCAAGGACACGUCUAUUUUGUACUAUAAGAGUAAGGAGGAGAGCUGUAAAGAGCCAAUACAGCAGAUGAACCUUAAAGGGUGCGAGGUGGCUCCUGAUGUGAGCGUAGCUGCCCAAAAGUUCUGUAUCAAACUUCUGAUUCCUGAACCAGACGGCAUGACUGAGGUCUAUCUGCGCUGUGACAACGAGCAACAGUACAGUAAAUGGAUGGCUGCAUGCCGUUUGGCGUCUAAGGGAAAGACCCUGGCUGACAGCUCUUUCUCCAGUGAGGUCCAGAGUAUUCAGUCUUUUCUGGCCAUGCAGAGGACCACGCCAGGAAAUAAGACAGCCCCGAGCGACGAGAGCAUCAACACACACAGCCUUGUCUCUCCGCGCUACCAGAAGAAGUACAAGCCCAAACAGCUGACCCCUCGUAUUCUAGAGGCCUAUCAGAACGUGGCACAGCUCUCACUAACGGAUGCGAUCCAGAAGUUUCUGCAGAUCUGGCAAGCUUUGCCUGACUUUGGACUCUCUUAUUUUGUGGUGAGGUUUAAAGGGAGCCGUAAAGAUGAGAUCCUUGGUAUCGCCAAUAACCGUCUGAUCCGCAUCGACCUGAAUGUAGAGGAAGUAGUGAAGACAUGGAGGUACAACACGAUGAGACAGUGGAACGUCAACUGGGACAUUAAACAGGUCGCCAUCGAGUUCAACGGUAAUGUGAACGUGGCCUUCAGCUGUGUGACGGCAAAUUGUAAGAUCGUGCACGAGUACAUCGGCGGCUACAUCUUCAUGUCCACGAGAAACCGGGAGCAAAACGACACGCUGAACGAAGAGCUCUUCCACAAGCUGACAGGAGGUCAUGAAGCUCUUUGAAAGAACAGAUGCAGUACAAUUUUGAGACUAUAGAAAAUAUCAGGAUAACUGCAUUCUUCCCUCAAAGCAGUUUUGAAAUCAUCGUGAAUGGCCUUAGUUUUAAAGUGAGUGAAAACUGAUCAUAAGAGAUACAUUUUCUGCAUCCAAAAGCUUCCUUUUUUUGUGACCCACUAAUCCAGCAACACUAUUGACCCACGUCUGGACAUACAAGUAGUUACUGUCUACAUAAAAAAAAAAAAGUUCUCUUUCACUUCAAGGUCACGUUUUGUCAUCAUGGAGAUGUUGUAAUCAGUCGUAACAAAAUAAAACCAUAAACCACCAAA